GAAGAUUCAAAACUAAAAUGGCGAAUGAAAGUGUUCCCCAAAACAAUCACAAACUGAUCAGAAGGGGGACAACGUGCACUGUGUCUACCAGUCAGGAAAAGACAAACGCAAGCCAGCCUGUGAUCUUCAAUCCGGACUUCUUCGUGGAGAGGUUGAGACAUGAGCAUCCACAGGCAUUCACGGAUUUGGUACUUAGCAAUAUCACUCGGCUCAUAGACCUCCCGGGCGAAGAGUUUGCCCAGCUGACGGGAGAGUCGGAGCCCAGAGUACCGUCAUCCAGUGGCUUUCUUCGCUCCUUCAACUUCCUGAAACGAAAAGACAAAGGAGUAGUUUUUGGUGCACCGUUAACUGAAGAAGGAAUAGCACAGAUCUAUCAGCUCAUCGAAUACUUGAGUAAAAAUCUUCAUGUGGAGGGGUUGUUCCGUGUGCCAGGCCACAGUUUAAGGCAGGCAGCCCUGAGGGAGAUGCUGAAUGCAGGCACAGAGAUAGAUCUAGAGACAGGAGAUUUCCACCCCAAUGAUGCAGCUACAUUGCUGAAAGCCUACCUGGGAGAGCUGCCCGAGCCUCUGCUAACCCACAGACACUAUCAUGCCCACCUGAAGAUUGGAGAAUUGAAGUGUUUUGACGAUAAGGGGAAUAAAACAAAUGUGCCAGAUAAAGAACGCCAGAUUGAGGCAUUUCAGCUGCUUUUCAUGCUGCUCCCACCGGCCAACCGCAGCCUGUUGAAGCUGCUGCUCGACUUACUAUACCACACCGCUCGCAAUCAACACGUCAACAAGAUGUCGGCUAUUAACUUAGCCAAAAUGUUCGCUCCGCACAUCAUCUGGCCCAAAAACGUGUUGGCAAGUGAUCUUCAGGGAAACCUGGAGAAGCUGAAUAAUGGCGUAGCUUUCCUCAUCAGGCACUCACAGAAACUGUUGAAGGCCCCUGUGUAUAUCAAAGAGUACGCCCGCUUAUACUUCACAGGAUCAAAAACUCUUCAGUCAAACGAUGACUUCACACUCUGUUCCGGGUCCAAAGAAAGACCCAUGGCUGCGGCAACACCUGCCUCCCCGUCUCUCGCAAUGAGAACAAUCUCCGUCGAGGCCGGCGCCGCGAGGCCGUCUGACACACAGAGUUACACCGAAUCUGCCCUGAGAGAGCUGUACCAACAAGUCAACAGCAUGCCCGACUCCGCCAAGAAGAAGAAACUCAUCAGACAGUUUGAAAAACAGUCCGCACUGACGCCUUCAGCUGAGCCUCGGACGCCGUUCAGCCGCAGACACUGGCGCUCGCGCUCUUUGGGUGGAAUUAUAAAGAGGAAGGUGUUGGGAAGCCAAACGUUAAUGGAGAAAGAGAACAGCAAGUUGCAGAGUCUUGAAUCCAGCUGCUCAGCUGAUGGGCAGGGAACAGAAAACACCAGCUGUGGAGAAGAUUAAUUGCCAUUAAAAAAAAUGUCAUCACAGUUUUGGAAACACCAGUCUGACUUUUCUGUAAAGGUUAUAAGGGGGAGGAUCUUUUUUUUUUUUUUUUUUUUUUAGACACCAUGUUUUAAUCAACUGUUUUUUUCUUUUCUUUUUUUUAGUCUCAAAGUUUGACUUGGUUGUCGACAAAAAAUCCAAAGAAUGUCUUUGCAGCCCUUUACAUUUUUCCAAAGCUGAGGAAUGUUGAGGAGGUUGGCGGUCUACUUUUUUUUCGGCCAGUUAAGAGUUUCCUCUUAAUUUCACUGGUAAUGAAAGAGGCAUGUUUACGCACCAGUGAAUUUUGGGGUAUUUAGCAUUACUAUUAUUUAAUUUGAAAGUAAUUAAUUGUAUUUAUUUUGGAUGUUUAAAUCCCUAAAAAUUUAGUGACAAUACGUAGUGACAAAUUGUGGUUUGCAGUGGCGUCUAUUUAAUUUCAAAAUUUGCUUAUAAAUGUAGUUGGGGUCAAACAGACCUAAGUGCCUUAAAAGUUAAUGGUUUGCCCACUGUAUGAGUUGUUGGGAAGUUAUAUUCCACUUUAAGAUUUUUUUUUUUUUUCCUCCAAAGUAUCCUAGUAUUUCUUGAAGCAAUUUAUUUUUAGUCGGUGAUGAAAUGGUGUGAAUAGAAAAUGAAGAACAUUGGAAGGUCAAAGGUUGUGUUUGAAUACUUCUGUCUUUGUUUCCACUUUAGAGCUGACGCUGUGAUUCUUAAAACUACUGCUACUUUAUAAAGUUAUACGUUGGUUUUCUUGGGUUAUUGUAUUUUAUGGUUUUCUCAGGCAAGUUUUGUCCCUUAUGUGACAUUGUUACAGUUUUAUAGCUUUAUAUGUAUUUAUCUUUUAUUUUUAUUAUGCAAGUUUCUUUUCCCACUGUUAUUUUUUUUAAAAACUUUUCCAGUUUUAUAGUGGGUGGUUUAAUGCAAAUGGAGAAUCUGCUCUUUGCCCUCUGUUGAGACUCUUAAUCCAGAGGGUUUCUGAGUUUUGCCUACUUUUAAACCUGCUUUGUUGUCUUACUCUUUGAGCAACUCUCACUCAGGCUCAAGCUGUUACAAAUCAAGUGUAAUGUGACAACUGCUGCAUGGUUGUCUGACCAUGUAAACAUGUGAUAUUUGGUGCUACUGUGAAGCUAUGCAACUCAGUGUAAUUAAAAGACAUCAAGCUGCCUUA